AUGGAUGACUCGUUCAGGGCCAUCUCUCCCUUCAGGACGCACUCUAUAAUUUGGGCGUUUGGGGUGGAGCCUGGUUACAACAACAUGGGGCCUGGUCUGCCAGUGGUCACCCAAUUUCCCAGUCCAGGGCUGGAUCAAGCAAGUCCACAAGGCCCAUGCUGUAGUCAAGGCAGACUGACUGUUACCUCCGGACAGGGAGCAAUGAGACUCUCUUCCAUGUGGUGGGGGUCUGGUUUGGAAGGCUGUGAGCCCUCGUUUCCCUUCCUGAUGCUUGGCUCCUCACAGUCCACCAACUCUACCGUGCGGGUACAAAGUCAUGCGAACACAACAUCUUGGUUAGAGGCUCAGCGGUACUGCAGAAUCCACUACACUGACCUGAUGAGUGGACUGACCCAGCAGACACAGUUGCAGAAUGAUUACCCUACCCGCUCGGUGCGGUGCUGGAUCGGCCUGUUCCGGGACACCUGGGUCUUGUCCGACUCCAGCGACUCCUCGUUCAGAAACUGGAACUCCUCCAGAUCCAUAAAUCCAGAGAAGAGGAAGUGUGCAGCGCUGGGAGAUCAGGGCCAAUGGAUGAGCGCUGACUGUCGCCUGAAGAAGAACUUCAUCUGCGAAGGAGGUAAGAGAACAAGCAACAACUAA